AUGGAUUAUCUGCGGCUGGUGCUCUCCUGCCUCGUCCCCCUGCACGGCUGCCUGGCCGCCGGCAGCGCCCCAGAGCUCCUCCUGUCCGGCAAACUCAGCGAGUAUGGAGUGAUCGUCCCCUUCAGCACCGACUGCCGGGGUCGCUUCCUGUCGCACGUGGUGUCCGGCGACGCGGCGGCGGGGCUCGGCCAGCCCGCCUGUCCCUCGGAGCCGUCCCCGUCCCCGUCCCCGUCCCCGUCCCCGUCCCCGUCCCCGUCCCCGUCCCCGUCCCCGUCCCGCCGCCGCGUCCCCCGCAGCCCCCCGGAUGAGUCCCCGCAGCGCCGCUUGCUCUACUUCAACGUCACGGUUUUUGGGAAGGAGCUGCACCUCCGGCUGAGGCCCAACCGCCGGCUGGUGCCACCGGGAGCCGUGGCAGAGUGGCAGGAGGAUUUUGAGGUGCUUUUCCGGGAACCCCUCCAGCAGCGGUGCCUUUUCACCGGUGACAUCUCCGGGAUGCCUGGAGCUGCCGUGGCCAUCAGCAACUGCGAUGGACUGGCUGGCCUGAUUCGGACAGACAGCAACGAGUUUUUCAUCGAGCCCCUGGAGAGGGGCCAGCAGGACACAGAGGAGCACGGGAGGGCCCACGUGGUCUAUCGGCGCUCAGCCAUCCGGCAGGAUGGCGCCCAGCCGCGCCACGACCUCCAUCCUGAAGUGCCCGGCGUGCAGGUGGGUGAGCUCCCGAAUUCCCUGGAGCUGAUGACGGAGCGGCUGGGGGACGCGGAGCGCAAGCGGCGCCACGCCAGGAAGGAUGACUACAACAUCGAGGUGCUGCUGGCCGUGGAUGACUCCGUCGUGCGCUUCCAUGGCAAGGAGCAUGUCCAGAACUACGUCCUCACCCUCAUGAACAUAGUGGAUGAAAUUUAUCACGACGAGUCGCUGGGCGUCCACAUCAACAUCGUGCUGGUCAGGAUGAUCAUGGUGGGAUAUCGUCAGUCAGUGAGCCUGAUCGAGCGGGGCAAUCCGUCGCGGAGCCUGGAGCAGGUGUGCCGCUGGGCGCACUCGCAGCAGCGCUCCGACCCGGAGCACGCCGAGUACCACGACCACGCCGUCUUCCUCACCAGGCAAGAUUUUGGGCCCGCAGGUAUGCAAGGCUACGCUCCGGUGACGGGGAUGUGCCACCCUCUCCGCAGCUGCACCCUCAACCACGAGGACGGCUUCUCCUCGGCCUUCGUCGUCGCCCACGAGACCGGGCACGUGUUGGGCAUGGAGCACGACGGCCAGGGCAACCGCUGCGCCGACGAGACCAGCAUGGGGAGCAUCAUGGCGCCGCUGGUCCAGGCCGCCUUCCACCGCUACCACUGGUCCCGCUGCAGCAAACAGGAGCUCAACCGCUACAUCCACUCCUACGACUGCCUCCUGGAUGACCCCUUUGAGCACCAGUGGCCCACGUUGCCUGAGCUGCCGGGAAUUAAUUAUUCCAUGGACGAGCAGUGCCGCUUCGACUUCGGCGUGGGGUACAAGACGUGCACGGCGUUCCGCACCUUCGACCCCUGCAAGCAGCUGUGGUGCAGCCACCCGGACAACCCCUACUUCUGCAAGACCAAGAAGGGACCGCCCUUGGAUGGGACCGAGUGCUCUCCUGGCAAGUGGUGCUUCAAGGGCCACUGCAUCUGGAAGACGUCGGAGCAGCCUUACAGCCAGGAUGGCAGCUGGAGCUCCUGGUCCAAGUUCGGCUCGUGCUCCAGGACCUGCGGGGGAGGCGUGCGAUCCCGCAGCCGGAGCUGCGACAACCCGCCCCCAGCAUAUGGAGGGCACCAGUGCCCGGGAGCCACCUACGAGUACCAGGUGUGUAAUGCCGAGGAGUGCCCGGGGCCCUACCAGGAUUUCCGUGCCCAGCAGUGCUCCAAGCGCAACUCCUACUACACCCAUCAGAACAGCAAACAUUCCUGGCUUCCCUACGAGCACCAUGACGAUGCUCAGAAGUGUGAGCUGAUCUGCCAGUCUGAGGGCACGGGAGAUGUGGUGUUCAUGAACCAGGUUGUUCACGACGGGACCCGCUGCAGCUACCGAGACCCCUACAGCGUCUGCGUCCGGGGCGAGUGCGUGCACGUCGGCUGUGACAAGGAGGUUGGCUCCCUGAAGCAGGAUGACAAGUGUGGGGUCUGCGGUGGGGACAAUUCCCACUGCCGGACGGUGAAGGGCACGUUGGCCAAGACCCCCAAGCAGCCAGGUGAGAGGGCUGGGGGGGUUUGGAAGCAGAUUCACGACCUGGAUUCAUGUGUCCAGUUGGAGGAAACUUGCUCUGUCUUUCUUUCUCUUCUCUCCAUCCUUCUUCCCACCCUUUCAGGUGUUUUGAAGAUGUUUGAGAUCCCAGCUGGAGCAAGGCACCUUCAGAUAGAAGAGAUGGAGCCAGCAUCCCACAGCAUCGCUGUUAAGAAUCAAGCCACGGGGAACUUCAUCCUGAAUGCCAAGGGCCACGAAGCCAAAAGCCAGGUGUUCAUUGAGAUGGGCUUGGAGUGGGAAUACACUGUGGAACAAGGCAAGGAGAGCCUGAAAACCAGCGGUCCCCUGCACGAGGCCAUCAGUGUUUUGGUCAUCCCUCAGGAGGAGGAGGUGAGGAGCAGCCUCGUGUACCGGUACAUCAUCCAUGAAGACCUGCUGCCCAUGAUUGGAAAUAACAAUGUCCUGCUGGAGGAGAUGGAUUCCUACGAGUGGGCCCUCAAGAGCUGGUCCCAGUGCUCCAAGGCGUGUGGAGGAGGCAUCCAGUACACCAAGUACGGCUGCCGUCGCAAGAGCGACAGCCGGAUGGUGCAUAGGAACUUCUGUGACAACGGCAAGAAGCCAAAGCCAAUCCGGAGGCGCUGUAACCUCCAGGAGUGCUCCCAGCCCAUGUGGGUGGCUGAGGAGUGGGGCGCCUGCAGCCGCUCCUGCGGGAAGCUGGGGGUGCAGGCGCGGGCGGUGCAGUGCGUGCAGCGCCUGCAGGACGGCACCAACCGCACCCUGCACACCAAAUACUGCCCCGGGCAGCGCCCCGAGACGCGCCGGCCCUGCGGCCGCCUGCCCUGCCCCGCACAGUGGAGGACAGGAGCCUGGUCCGAGUGCUCAGUGACCUGCGGGGAAGGCGUCCAGCAGCGGCAGGUGGUGUGUAAGGGCAGUGACAGCGGCGCACGCUGCGAGGGUGACAAGCCAGAGGCCAUCCAGGGCUGCCACGUGGCCCUCUGCCCAGGGAAACUCUCCGGCAUCACCGCCAGUGCCGAUGCCGGUGACCACGGCACGACCAAAGGGCAGCGGGUGCCCCAGGACGGAGCCAAAAACCCCGUGAGCAAGAUCUCCUCCAGGGAGCCUUGCCUCGGGGACAAGUCCAUCUUCUGCCAGAUGGAGGUCCUGGCUCGUUACUGCUCCAUCCCUGGGUACAACAAGCUCUGCUGCGAAUCCUGUGGGAAGAAAGCCUCCUCCACCACUGGCUCACCCCCUGUCACCAGCAUUCCCCCGGGAACCACCACUCCCAGCCCCGCUCUGGCACUCUUCCCCUACCCCACGACCCCAGCUCGGGGGGAGCCUGGUGGGGACCCCACUCUGGCACCUGGGGUAUCCAUCAGUGGUGCUUCUCCAGGGGAGCUGCCAGCCCCGAGGGAGCCAGGAAGGGGCCAGGGGGGCAGGUAACCUUCUCGGGACCACCUCACUGUGAGGCAGGGAAAGCCCUUCUCCCUCUUCCCUCCCGUUCCCUCCAUCUUUUUCCUCUCCCGCAACUUCCAGCGAUGGUUUUCAUGGGUGACGCUGCCAGGUUUGGGAGUGACCUGGCUCCACAUCCAGAAAUUCCUGGGAAAACCACUCAUUUCCCAUGGUCCUGCUUGCCCUCCCAGCCGUGCCAUGGUGGUUUUUGACAUGGUGGUUUUUGGGAAAAAAGGUGGAAAAGAGCAAAAAAAGCUGCGGGUACACAGGCUGCUUCCUCCCAAGGUGCUAAAAAGAUGUGGGAGGGGGGUGGCUUUAAUGUUGCAUUUUCCUUCCCCCUGCUCCAAGCAGCAACACAGGAUGUGCUGGACAGGAGGGUCCCGGCUUGGUGGUUCAGCCCUGGAGCUUAGGGAUAGCAAUGGGAGGAUCCUGGGAAUCUGGGCAGGGAAACUGGAGGGGAGGUGGUGAGGUGAGGAGAGGGGAAAUGUGGGGAAAUCCCAAACUGCUGCUUUGGCUGUCCUUGCUGGGGUAGGGAGUUUGGGAAACAUGUCUGGGGGAAGGUGGAGCGUGACAAGCAUAGAGUCCUGGAGGAAGGAGAUGGUCCAGGAGAUUCCAAAGUGAGCAAUAAGAACCACAGGUCAAAGACCAAAAAUUGAUGUCCGAAAUGCCUGUCACCUGGGGGCGACUGUUUUUUUAGCCAGUACUGCCCUUGGCCAGCCUCGAGCUGAUACCGAUGCCCAGGCUCCCCAGGAUCACCAGCCUCAUCCCUCACCCUUGGACCCAGUGCCUCUGGGGCAGCAACAGCUUCCCCAGAAGGGAAAUGGGAGUGACUGGGAAGCCAGGAGUGGGUUUUAGGGACAGUUACAAGGAGAGGAGAGAGACAAGGAUUCAUCUGCAUCUCUCAUUGCUUGGGGAGAGGUGGAAAGGGGUGAUUAAUGCUGUUACAAAUUAUUGUGCCAAGUACUAAACAUUUGCACAGCACUUUAGGAGCCUUGGGCUGCCCUCUCCUUGCUGGGUGUUGGGCCAGCUCUGGGCACAGGGUUUGCCUUGAUAAGUUUCAGUCCUCAAAAACCUGAAAAUGGUGUCCCUGAGGGGGCUUCCAUGGUUUUGGUACUUAGGGCACCUCUGGGUGCAGUGGCAGGGGAAGGUGGGCAUCUGUGGAGGAGGAAGUUGUGGGAAUGGGGAGGUGGAGUCCCGGGAAGGCAAGGCUUGGCAGACAGGCCAGUGGGUGCAUCCGCUGGCCCUGAGGCUCCUGCUUCCCUGGUAUCCAAGGAAUAGGAUGUGGCAUCCCUAGGGACAGUGUUUGUGAGCUCUGCAGGUAGCCAGGGCUUGCUGCUGAGGUGGCUGGGGUGAUUUUCCCAGUCUGGCAUGGACUGUGACAGGCUUGAGGUGCUUGCUUUGACUGAAAUGACCCCUCUGCAUUCUGGAUGUUUCAAGCAUUGGACUCUGCAUUGCUCCCCCAGAGCUUCCCAACACCCUCCUGCUGCCGAGGCACAGCUGGACGAGCGUUUUUCCACCUCCUCUUAAAGCACCUGAGGCUGGAGGUCACCGGCCUCCUGGGUGCUGCCCUUUGGCCUUAGGUGGGCAACCCAAGACAUGGAACAAAGCCCCCCCAUCUGUCUGAGCCACACAGCUGGCACACCUUGUGUGAGUGGGCACAUGGAGGGGCCUGUGGAGUGCCCAGACCCAGGACAUGCAGGUACUGGUACCCACAGGGGCUCCUGUGGGGAUACCAGGGUGGGGUUCAUCCCUUGGAAUGUCUCUACCACUGCCGUGACCCUUGCCAGCCCCUCCACGGGAGCGCCAGCAUUUAUUUAUUGUGCCAAAGAUAACGCUUUGUUUGCUCUCUGAGGAGCAUAACAAAAAGACCUCCUUUCCCCUCCAAAAUGGGCUGUGAUGUCCUUCCUCCAGAAUUCCCAGCUGCUCCCCUUCCUUCCGUGCUGGCCUAGGCUUUGGUGCUUUCUUGCUUAAGGAAUAUUUGCAGUGGUCCCUCGCUACACCUGAGGGGAGCGCUGGGGCUGGGGACUGACCCAGCUCCUUGCACCCACAGUCCCUGGGGUGGACUGGUUUGGGCAGGGAGCUGCACUGCGGGUGCUAAUCCUGACCUCAGGAUCUCCUGAGAGGUGGGGGAGAUCUAAAGCAGGCUGUGAUAACCUCCCCCCACCAGCUGUGGCUGCUCUGGGGUGGUGAUGCUGCAGGGCUGGCACCCAGCGCUGCGUGUUCCAUGGAAUCCUGGAAUGCUUUGGGCUGGAAGGAGCUGUAAAGCUCAUCUAGUUCCAGCCCUCCUGCCAUGGGCAGGGACACCUUCCACUAGACCAGGUUGCUGCAAGCCCCAUCCUAGCCUUGAACACUUGCAGGGAUGGGGAAUUUAUUCCAGCUGAAGGCAGGCUGAGCUUGGGUGGCUUUGUCCUGUCUCUGGUCCUGUCUCCAGGAGGAGAGGAUGACUCUGAACCCCUGCACCCUCCUAAGCCAGGUGGGUGCAUGGAGUCGUCCCUGUGCUGUAACCUUGUCCAGUGUUACCAUGAUGUAUAAAGUUUUGUACAUACGAGAUUCAGAGCUUUUUAACUUUUAAUAUUUAUUAAUUUUGUUGGGUUCUUUUUUUUUUUUUUUUUGAACUCUAACAUAAUGUAAAAA